AUGGCGACAACAAACAGCAACGAUCAACUCCAAGAAUCGAUUCUGCUGAUGACCCAGCUUCUCCAGCGGUUAGCCGUUCAUCAAGCAACGAACCCAGAGCAAGUAUUAGAGUCAUUGUCAACGAACAUCAGCGAGUUCAAUUUUGAUCCGGAGAAUGGCACCACUUUUGAAAAAUGGUUCGCCCGCUAUACGGAUUUGUUUGAAAGCGACGCACGAAAUCUUGAUGACGCAGCAAAAGUACGGCUUCUACUCCGGAAGUUGGACACUGCUUCUCAUAGUCGCUACGUCAACUACAUCCUUCCAAAGCUUCCAAAAGACGUCACGUUUGCCGAUACCGUUACGACACACAAGAAAAUCUUCGGCAAGCAGACGUCCGUGUUUCACAAGCGCUACCAGUGUCUGCAGCUAUUGAAAACCGAAUCGGAUGAUAUCAUCAGUUACGGAGGCAAAGUCAACAGGGCGUGUGAGGAAUUCGAGUUUCAAGAUUUAAAAAUCGAUCAUUUCAAGUGUUUGAUUUUCGUUUGCGGUCUCAAAGCACCGAGGUACGCAGACAUCAGAGCGAGACUUCUUUCUCGCAUCGAAAGUGAAACGAUUCAGCAAGUGAUAUCACAGUUAUUUCCAAGACAACGUGGCAACAACUUGGACGACCAAAGCUUUAUCCACCAUCAGUUCAAGCAUCCAACGCAUCCGGCGGAUCACUCGCUCUCAAAGGCGAAUUUAAUUGCAAAAUCACUCUCAACGGUAUGGUCAAACGUAGUUGUAGUUGGCCAGUGUUUCGUGACGUCAUCACCGGAUCUCAACGUUCUGGGCAUUGAUUGGAUUGACACAUUCAACCUGUGGUCAAUUCCCUUCGAUAAGCUCUGCAACCAAGUUGCAACAGUCUCCACACCGUGUUCCGAUGAAGUAACAGCUCAGCUUCAAGCCGAACAUCCGGCGGUUUUCAAUCAAUCGUUGGGUCACUGCAAUAAAACAAAGGUAAAGCUAUUCCUCAAGCCUAACGCUAAGCCCGUUUUCUGUUCGAAGCGACCAGUUCCGUUCAACACGAUAUCACUGGUGGAUGAAGAGCUGACCCGUCUUCAGUCCCUAGGAAUCAUCACGCCGAUCGAUUUCUCGGAGUGGGCCGCUCCGAUUGUAGCAGUACGCAAGCCAAACGGUAAAGUUCGUAUCUGUGCGGAUUAUUCCACCGGACUCAACGAAGCGCUGGAGGGCAACCACUACCCUCUACCUACGCCGGAGGAAAUUUUUGCCCAGCUCAAUGGAAGCGUCGUAUUCAGCAUCAUCGAUCUCUCCGACGCGUACCUGCAGGUGGAAGUAGAUGAAGAAUCAAAAAAGCUUCUCACCAUAAACACACAUAGAGGACUCUUUCAGUUCAACCGCCUGGCACCAGGGGUGAAGUCGGCACCUGGGGCGUUUCAAAGAUUAGUCGAUAGCAUGAUUGCUGACAUUCCCGGUGUUAGAACGUCUAUAGACGAUGCUAUAGUAUUUGGUCCAAAUUACGAAGCUCACAAGGCGUCGUUAGACAUGCUAUUGCAGCGUCUGGAAGAAUAUGGAUUCCACGUCAAGCUUGAAAAAUGCCGGUUCUUUCAAACAGAAAUCAGCUACUUAGGUCACAUCGCCGAUCGCAACGGCAUUCGUCCGGAUCCAGAGAAGAUCCAAGCCAUCGCCUCCAUUCCUGCACCAACCAACGUAUCCGAGCUGCGAUCGUUUCUAGGAGCCGUAAACUUCUACGGCAGAUUCGUUCGCAACAUCCAUGAGCUACGGCAUCCGCUCGACAUGCUACUCAAGAAAAAUGCGAAAUGGCAGUGGAAUUCCGAUUGUCAAAAAUCUUUUGAACGAUUCAAGCAAGUUCUGCAGUCCGAUAUGUUGCUGACGCACUAUGAUCCAAAACUACCAAUCAUCGUAGCAGCGGACGCUUCAAGCACGGGCAUCGGUGCAGAUACGGCCAACCAGAAAAAGAAGCUUUAG